GAAUUCCUAGCAAAUACUCCACAACAAAGGCAGGGACACCACCAUUAUUUUAGGCAGCCUAUUUAAUAGGCAACGCAUAAGGUCAGUAUCAGAUUAGUUCAGCAGAUCCAGAGAUCUAGAGAAUGAGCAAUGGCGGAGAGUGCAGUGAAAGAAGAGCUGAAAUGUUCCAUUUGCUUGGAUAAUUUCAAGAAUCCCAAAGUGUUGCCGUGUUGUCACAGCUUCUGUCUCCAUUGUCUGGAGGGAGCUCAUGAGAGAACCAAGCACAAGAAAAACCUAACCUGUCCUCAGUGCAAGGCUAAACAGCAGGUUCCUAUCAAUGGUCCCUGUGGUUUCCCCGAUGACUACACCCUUGCCAAUGAAAAACAAGCUACUACAACCACACCAGUUUGUGAGCAAUGUGACGAUAGCAACAAACCAGUGGCGUACUGCCACACCUGCUCAGACUACCUGUGUGAAGAGUGCUUGAAAGAUCACAAAAGAGUAAAAGCUCUUCGAGAUCACAAGACAGUCAAUAUCACUCCUGGAAACGCUCUUGAUAUCGAGCCCCGGUCAAAGAAAAGCUAUUCGUGUAGUAUUCAUCCCGAAAAACCACUAGAGCUUUACUGCAAGAGUUGUAAGAGCUUGGCCUGCCUCCUGUGCUUUGUGGGGCUACACAACGGCCAUGACAUUGGAAGAAUGAAUGGUAAAGCAAGACAAGAAGUGGAAAAAACUAUCAACAAUCUUGUGAAAGAAACAGAUUCCAAAUUGACAGAAUUCAAAGACAAUUUAAAAUACGUCUCUGCCCUUGCAAAGGAAAAAACAGAAGUUUCAACUCCACUCAAAGUUGAAGUCGAUAAGAAGGUUGACUUUCUCAUCCAACAACUUGAAGCAAGGCGUAAAGAACUACACAAGGAGAUUGACGAUGCUUGUACGGAAGUCCUCAAAGAGCUAUGGGCGCAAAAAGAAUACCAUGAGACAGCCAUUACGAGCAUGGAGGGUGCUUUGAGCUUUGCCAGAAGAGCUCUAGCCUGCAAGGAAGACACGGAACUACUGGCCCUCUGUGCACAAAUCACCUCCAGACUGAAAGACCUGAGUCAGCUGAAAUUUGACAGUCGAGCCAUAGAGAAAAUCGAAAUAACAACCCUCGAAUUCAAAGAAAGUAAUGAACAAAUGCCUGUAUUUGCACAGCCUUUGGGGAAAGUUUCUAAAAUGGGAAGGUCACCAGUCGGUGCUAAACUUGUUGGGAAAUUACGAUCAACAGCUGCUACGCCAACCAUACAAGUCACCACCGAUAAACAAGAAAAUCGUGUCCUAUGUCCUUUGGAUGAAAACGCUUGCAUUCAAGUUACAGCAAGAGUGAAUAUGAAUGGAAACAAUCCUGCUCUAAAAAACACAAAACUAACCAUUUCAGUCGAAUCAAAUGUGGGUUUUGGUAAUACUAGACGCCAACCAGCACUUUUAUACGGUGCUGAACAAUUGCAAAUAGAUACUCAAGAGAAUGCUCAACCCAAUAGUUGGACAGUGAUAGUCAAGCCUAAAAGUAUCGGGGAAUGCAGAGUAAUAUUUCGAGUACGUGGGAAAUAUGGAGACACACAUCUGAAUGGUAGUGCUGAACAUAUUGUUGAAGCAUACAACAUUUAACUUUGUUGAACUCCUAAACGCAUUUGACAGAGAGUAUAAUUGUGCAAUUAACUCAGUUUAUAUCGUGCACGUAAUUAUUAAACUACGCAACAAUUAUUAUGCAGCACAUAAAUUAUAAUCAAGCAAAGACUGUGUGAUACAUUAUACUCA